CAGAAACGCACUCACUCAAUGACCUCACAUCCUGCUUGAUGUCAAUAAAUAGCGCGUGGGAAUCAUGGGAAACAUUUUUAAACAACUCCAAAAGUCACAGUGCCCUCUUGUGGUCAGAAACGAACACUUUGCUAAUACUUGAAGUGCAUGUCGAAUAUCUUGUAUUUUUCAUAUUUUUUAUGUAUUUAUGUACAUUUAUAACGCACUAAUUAGCUGUAUUUACUUUAAGUUAAAUGUACAGGAUAUAAAUUCAUACUGAAAUUUCUCAAUAUAGUUGUUAACUUGUAAAAACACCUCAUAUUAAGCUUUACUUCACUUGCAAAACUUAUUUUUGUAUUAAAAUCGUAUUUCUGUAUUUACAGCUUACAAAAAAGACACAGACACAACUACAGUAGUCAACAUUGAAGUAGUCCAAAACCAUUCAUCAAAAGCGUCUUAAUCCUACUUUUUGUUUUAGGACCAUUUUUGAUCCACUUCAAAUGUUGACUUGGCUACUAUGAGUACUAGAUCAAGAGUUGAGGCUGAUGUUUCCAAAGGAAGGAAGAGAGUUAAAAUCAGCUCUGAUGUCUACGGUAAUUAGUUAAUCUGGCAUCCUGCGUGCCUCGUAUAGGUGCAGGUUAAUCUGGAAGGGCGUAAUGAGCUUGAACGCACUGUCUGCAUCAAGCGUCACUGAACAUAAACAGGGCAGCACACUGACUGAAGGCCACAGUCUCGACACCGGGCGCACAAUGCUGGACCUGAGCACAACGAAGAAACAAUCAUCUGUGUGCAUUGAGCGACCUGGAUUCAGACAUCACAAAAAGGAGAGUUAUGUGUGUCAUUCACCGCUGUCCCAGCACAGCUCAGACAGUGGAGAUGAGUGUAUUCAGUUCCGGAAACUGAAUGGCUCACCUGGUGACUGUCCCAGUCGCCAAAGUCUGCACAAGGAGCUUCUGCUCACUCAUAAGAGAGGCCUAUUGUUGGAGGAGAAACCAGAAUUGCAGCGUGUGUUACAGCAGAGGAGACUUGACCUGCACAGAGAGCAGGAACUUGCCCUCCAACCUCCUUCAGACCUAGAACAGGAGCUUCGCAAGAGACAGCAGAAAAUGCAGGAGUAUGAGAUGGAGGAACAGAGGCGUCUUGAGGAUGAGAAAAAUGUCCCAGAAUUUGUACGAGUGAAAGAGAAUCUGCGCCGCAUACAGUUGGCCGAAAGCAACUGAUGGAUCUGUGGAGAGAAAAAAAAAUGCCUUGGAAUUUUUAUGUAUGUUUUCAUAUUAAAAUAAUAGGAUGUUUUGAUUGUUGGGAAGUGUCAAAUGGCUGUGUUUAGUAAUGAGGCACUGUAUUUAUUGUUACAAUAAAAUACUGUAUAUUUGAGUCAAAUUAAA